ACCACUUCGUCUUCAAGGAAUCGCAGUCGCACUGCCGUUGGAUCGCUGCGAGCCAGCGACCAGUAGCUCCGCAACUUUCACCGUAUCGCCGUCUUCAGUCAGCAGCUCUGUCGACCGUCAUCCGCUCCGACCAGUCGUAAAGCGUCCAACAGCAGCUUGCAGCUCCUCAGUGGUUGGUUGAUUCAAACACAUGGUGGUUUCCAACAUUCUAGUAAUCUAGUAACUGUUGUCUUAUCAUUGAGCUGCUGAAUCUAAUGAUGGAAUUUUGAUUAUCAUUGAUGUUGAUGGCUAGCUCUGCUGGUGCAAACACUGGAAGUCAACUUGUCAAAACUUUAUGUGUAGUUGUGCUUAAGGGUCACUGGAAUAAUCUGUUGAAACCCAAGAUUGGUUUAUCAGUGACUUCGACAAUUAUUAAUCAUACGCUACUCACACUCUCUCCCUGUUGGUUCUGGCUUUCUUGGUCAUUCUUCAAAUGGGUAGAAACAAUCCCGAAUUACAGGCACUCUUUGCAAUCUUCUUGGAGUAUGAUUUAUAUACUCACAAAACAUAAACAUUUCAAGAGUGCAAAAGAUAUGCUUCACCAAAUUGCACGUAAAGAUUUCUUGUCCUCGCCCACAGUUCUGAAUGCCCUUGUGAGGAGUGAUGAUGACAGCGAUGUGAAUUCGCAAGUGUUCAGUUGGCUGUUGAUAUUUUAUGCGAAUUCAAAGCGCACGUGGGAUGCAAUUCAGGUGUUUGAGCAUUUAAGGAUUUGUAGGAUUAAGCCUGACCCGCAUGCUUGUACUGUGCUCUUGAAUUCAUUGGUCAAGGAGGGGUUGACUGAUACCGUGUGGAAGACAUACAAAAAGAUGAUAAAACUUGGGGUUGUACCGAAUAUACACAUAUACAAUGUGUUGAUUCAUGCAUGUUGUAAAUCGGGUGAAGUGGAGAAAGCAGAGGAAUUUUUGAGUGAAAUGGAGUUCAAGGGUAUAUUCCCCGACUUAUAUACAUUUAACACAUUGAUAUCGUUGUACUGCCGGAGAGGCAUGCAUUAUGAAGCUUUAUCUGUGCAAGAUAGGAUGGAAAGGGGAGGAGUGGAACCGGACAUUAUAACAUAUAAUUCUCUGAUACACAGUCAGUGUAGGGAAGGUAGGAUGAGAGAGGCUUUGCGUCUGUUUAAGGAUAUAAAAGAAAACGCUACUCCGAAUGAGGUUACAUAUACCACGUUGAUAGAUGGUUAUUGCCGAGUUGGUGAGAUAGAUGAAGCUUUGAGAUUGCACAGUGCAAUGGAAGAAAAAGGUUUGUGUCCAAGGGUUGCCACUUAUAAUUCAAUUCUCCGAAAAUUUUGUGAAGAAGGCCGGAUGAAGGAGUCAACUAAGCUAUUAAACCAAAUGGGUGAGAAGAAAAUCGAACCUGAUAAUGUCACUUGUAACACAUUGAUUAAUGGCUACUGCAAAAUUGGAGACAUUGUAUCGGCUCUGAAAGUGAAGAAUAAGAUGCUAGAAGCUGGACUCCGACCUGAUCCUUUCACAUACAAAGCAUUAAUCCAUGGGUUUUGCAAGGCAAAGGAUACGGAGAGAGCCAAAGAAGUGAUAUUUGACAUGAUUGCUGCAGGAUUCUCUCCCAGUUAUUGUGCAUACUCAUGGCUUGUGGACACUUAUUGCCUCCAAAACAACAACGAAGCACUCAUAAAAUUGGCAGAUGAGUUUUCGGGGAGAGGUUACUGUGUUGACAUUUCAUUUUACAGGGCUAUUAUACGAAGGUUGUGUAAGAGGGGGAAGCUGGAUUGUGCUGAAAGGAUCUUUGGCAUGAUGCAAGGGAGGGAGAUAUCGGGAGAUAGUGUAGUGUACACUAGUCUAGCAUAUACAUACUUUAAAGAAGGAAAUACGAGAGCUGCUUCAGAUUUGUUAGAUGAGAUGUACAAAAGAAGGUUAAUGGUAACCCUCAAACUAUACAAAAGUUUGAAUGCUUCUUAUAAGGAUGAGAAUAGCGUUCUAGAUUUGUUCUGGAAUAAUGUGAUGCAGAGAGGCCUGAUUUCCCAGAAUGUUCAUAAUACUAUCCGCUUAAAACUGCAUUCUUAGAUAUUAUGGUAAAUGGAGACGAGUUUCUCUAAAUAUUGUUUUACCAAAGCAGCAAGAAUUGAGGAGGCCACUUGUCCAACUCAAAGGUGGAAUCGCCUACCUCAGGAUUGUGGAGGGGUAAAUCAUGGUGACUUAACUGAUUAACAGAGACUAGACUUUUGCUCAUUGCACAUAAGAAGCCCCCCUCAUUUGAGAGGUUGCUUCCAUACUGCCACUGGUGAGAGUUGUGAUUCCUACAACCGCAGAAAACGAGCAAGUGGUGCAGAAAAGACUGGCACUUGUAGCGCAUAUGAAGUGCGUUCAACGCCGGCAUGUUGUAUGUACAUCUCUAUUGCAUUGAUGGAACUUGCAACAAGAACGAUGUCUUUGGCGCUUCAGAUCUUCUGCUAGCAGGAGGCACCUGAACAGAAGUGUUGCAAUAGACAGGUAAAAAGACUAUCUAUCCAGUUUCACAAAGGUUACGAAGUGAGUCAAAAUCAUGUUGAGUAGUGACAGCUGGUAAAGUUGUGUAUAUUGUUUAAACCACAGAAAACCCACUGAUUUGGGCUUGUGGCUAGAGGUAGGAUUAGCAAGAAAUGAUGAAAAAUGAUGGUAUUGGGAAGCCUUAUUUCAGUUGUGAUGUUGAAGUUCAUUGAAACCCCACUAACCUAAUCUUAGACAAUUUUUUGAGAAA